GUUCCUGCUCCUGCUCUGGCGGUGAGUGUUCGUGUGUGGAUAGCGAAAACGAGAAGAAUGAUCAUGAUAAGUCAUCGGAUGGUUCCCGCAUCAAAGUGCAUAAAUCUUCGCGUCAACGAGAUCUGUCGAGGGAUCGCAAACGAAGUCGAAGUCGUUCUCGAGACAAAGCCAGAGAUCGAAGACGGUUGGUUUUCUUACAUAGCGCUUGACCUUAGUGGUUACAUUGUCCUCGUUUUAGAAGCAGAUCUCGUGACCGACGCAGGUGAUCAGGCAAGUGGGGAACUUUGUCAGGAAUUGACCCUCUGCUGA